GAGGGAAGGAGAUAGAGCGAGGCAGAAACAGAGCGAUAGAAAGAGAAAGAGAGAGAGAAGGAUAGAAGGAUCCUGAAAGGACGGGCAAACGAGUAAGAAAGAGAGAGAGAGAGAGAGAGAGAGAGAGAGAGAGAGAAAAGCAGUGAGGGAGAGGGAACCAGGCUCGUUGGUGCGAGAGAGCAACGCGUUGGUGACAGAAAGACGGACAGACGGACCAACAGACAGACGCGGCUUCCCCUCCGCUCGUGUUCGCCGCCAGUUGGUCGCGCGUUACCGAGCCAAGUGGAUGUGUUCGCGAUCGUGCUCCCGCUGAAAAAAGUUUUCUCCAUCGUCACGCCGUACGAGAGUGAAAGAGAGAUAGAGAGAAAGAGAGAGAGAGAGAGAAAGAGGAGAGCCUUUCUUCCUACGCACGUUGUAACGUCGUGAUAAAUCGGAGCAGAGCCUGUCCCGUCCGUUGCAUCGGUACACACGUGAACCUGUGAAAGAGAGAGAGAGAGACGCAUUGUGCCGCCGGACGUGCGCCCGGCGAAACUCCGAUUUCGUCGAGAAAGGAUUACAAGGUGCAUCGCGAAGUGUGCUUCGCCGGCGACGCGGUAGGAGAAGUAUUCGGCGCUUUUACUGCCGAGAUUCGAGAAGGACGGUUUAGGUGGACACCACCUGGCACCCAGAAAGCAAGUGAGAUAAAGACAGGUGGCACGAGAAGGUAAAAAGCAAACAUGGGAGCGAGACAGAGCAAGAGGUCCGUGGAUAUAACGACGACGCCGAAGAAGGAGGGAAUACCCGCUGAAGGAGGCGUCGUCGGCGAUGCGGCCGCACCUGGCGACGGCAAGCUGGAGAGGAUCGAGGAGGCCGACACGAAGCCUACCACCAACGGCAUAGCACCGCACACGGAGUCCGCCGAGGAUAAAGAAAAGGACAAGGAUGAGGCUACCGAAAAGGACAAGGAGCAGCAACCGCAGCAAGAAGAAGUAAAAGCUGAGGAAGAAACGAAGCAAGAAUCGUCUGGAGACUCUCCUGCGGAGGUUGCGGAGGUCACGACGCCCACAGAGGCCACCCCUGCCAGUCCGAACACUGCCACUUCUCCAGACAAUAAGGAAGCCAAAAAGAAGGAAAAGAAGAAAAAGUGGUCCUUCAGGUCGAUCAGCUUCAGCAAGAAGGACAAGACUAAGCCGAGCCGCGAUGAAACGCCCAAGAAUGGAGACGUCACCAAGGAAGAGCCACUCGCAGAGGGUGGCGAAGAAGCAGAGAAUGCAACGGCCGCCACGAGCAGUCCGGAGGAGAAAUCAGCGGCAAGCAGUCCCUCAGCGGACGAGCAGGUAAUCGCACCGACAGCAGGAGCCACGGCCGAGCCGAAGGAAGAAGCUGCCGCAGCGUCGCCAACAGCAGCCGCCGUAGCUGCUAGUCCGGUCGAGGAAAAGAAAAAGGAACCCACUCCCUCCGCCCCCACUCCCGUCCCGUCCGUCGAGGAUAAGAAAGAGGAGGCGAUCGAAAAAGUCGAGGCCGAGAAAAAAGUAGUCGAGGUCAGUCAGUCAGCCGGCGGUCACUCCGUAGCGGACCCGGUAGAGAUCCCCGUCUACCGAGUCCAGCCAGUCGCGACGCCGUCUAUCAUUGAGAGGAAAGCCAGUGAGGACCUCCCGUCCCUGCCCCCAUCCAGUCCACCGCCGACCCCCAUAGAUCCAUCACCUUUGCAGCAGGCUCGGCAGGCCGCAGCGAACGCUACAGCCCUGGCCGAGGCGCUCAAGCUGCCUGCCGUGGCUGCCGGUAAGGAGGAAUCGACACCGCCGGCAUCACCGGCACCACCGCUCGACGUCGCGUACCCAUCGUCUCGCGAGGAUAUUCUUCCCCAAGAGAGCCGCGCAAAUGAAUCCACAACCACCGCUGUCGCGUCCCCCACAUCACUCGAUUCCUCUACCGACAACUUGCCCCCGACGGAAGCGACCUUUGUCCUCGCGGAAGUAGAGUGCCUGCCGGUGGUAGAGGCCGAGAUCGAAGUCGAGACGUCUCAAGAUGUUGCGAAAAAAAUAGGGAAGACGUUAGGGAGUAGUCGUGAUAAUAAGGAAGAGGUGCUAGAAGUAGAUAGCGACAUCGCGAUGAAGGAGAAAGUAUUUAAGUGCCAGAAAAGUGAGGCAAAUUCGGUGAAGGAAACUCCGUCACUUGCGAUGGAACGUGAUAAAAAUAUACAGAGCAAAACUGCAGAGGAAGUUCCUGAUAUUGUUGCGAUGGCUAAAAUUGUGAAUGAGGCUUCACCGGUCGUGGAGUGUCAAACAAAGAGCGAGAUAAAUAACUGUGAAGUUCCGAUGAAGAUAAAUGUACCGUCUAACGUCGAACAUAAAGUUGAGGCUGAAACGUUAUCGUCGACUGAGAUUGAAACAAAAGACGCUUGUCCGGCGGUAAAGCAAUAUUUAUCGUUUGAAAAUAUAGGAAAUCCUCCAGAUGAAACGCAGCACAUAAAAUCAAUUGAGAAAUUGCCAGACUCAGAUCUUCCUUCAAUUGAAAAAUGUGUGCCUGUUGACACAGAGAAAUUAUCGGAAGUUAGUUCUACACCCUUCGCGAAGUCGAUCGAAAGCUCGUCAAAGAAAUUGGAACAGUCGUCGUCAGUGGUAGAAGUUGUGGAACAAUCGAGCGGAAUACCGAUUGAAUACGAACACGAUUAUGCAAAGCUGAAAGAAAUCAAGGAAGAAGAAGAAGUCCCAUUGACAACUUCGCCGAUUGAAUUAUUUAUAAAUUCCGAAGAGGGUCCGCUGUCAGUUUCAGAGGAUAUUUUGGUAGAAGCCAGGCCUGCGUUGAUCAUUCCAGAAGAUGACAGCGUAGAAGAGCUUACCGACACCACUGAAUCCGUCAAGGUGAUUCCCGAAACUGACGAAGAGAAACUAGAGAUCGAGCUUGAAUCGGACGCUGCGUUGCCUACGGAAGAAACCUUGAUUUCGGAAGAAUUGGAGGAUAUGUUCGUUCCGGAAAACGCGACAGUUGAGCUAUUAACUGAAUUUGUCACGUCUGAUAUGAAAAAUGAAAUGGAAGCAGUCAGUGAAAUUGAAGAUAUGCUACCAUGUCCGCCUGAAGAUUUAACCGCAUUUAGUCCUCAAACAUUCGAGCUCCAAAAUACAAGUACAAUUGAAACAGAACCAAUUGUUAGCAGAAAAGAACCUACCGCGAUAUCUACGUCAGUCGUUGAGGCAGAACCGUUUACGACAUCCCCCUUGCAACUUGAGCAAACCGAGGAGAUCAAAAGGUGUCUUCUUUCAUCAAAGGAUCGCGUAACAUCGCCAGAAUUCUGUCCCUUAGAUGAUAUAGAAUCAAUACCGUCAGACGCUCCGACGUGUUCCCUCUCAGAAAAGCACUUGAGUGAACCUCAGACGCUAGCUCUCUCGUCCGAAUCCGAAAGCGUACCUAUCUCUUUGGAAGAUCUACCCCCGGCGCCUGAAGACACGGGGACGCAGAGCUUAGAUUCCUUCGAUUAUCCUUUACCACCGGAAGAACUCUCUUGUCCAUUAUUAUUGAUCCCUCCCGCGAACAUAUCCGUAGCUGAGUUACCACCAGCUCCCGUCGAGCACGCAGCCAACCCAAGAGACCCGACAGAGACACUUCUCACGCCGCCCUUAAGUCCUAACUUCCAACAGUCCAAUGUCACACCCGGCAUCGCGACCGAAACCGCCACGAAAGAUCGCUCACAAAUUCUCUCAUAUGACGAAGACGACAGCAGCAAUCGUGAACAAUCGAUGUUGCUGAGCGAACCGCUGACGAUGUCAUGUGAUCAAUCGAACAUUGAGUUGAAGGAGAGACUGGCGACCGAGUGCGUAGCGAAGACCGAAAGCCAGGAAGAGGCCUUGUCGUGUCAGUUGUCGAACUCCAUCCCGUCGACUGCCGCCAAGGAGCAUCACCAGAACGCUCCGGAAGUUGAGGCGCCAGUAGAAAACAACGUCGCCCACGAUGCUAGCACGACGGAGAGUGUCGAUGAGGCUCCCAAAGUUGCACCACCGGCUGUCCCGACCGAAGCACCCGCCUCCCCGCCAACAGCACCGGCUAUCACUGAGGACGUCGCCUCGGUCACCAAGGCCAUCGAGGAGAUCGACAUAAGUGAUAAAGCAGUCGCGGCGGCAGUGAACGAAGCUAUCGAAUGCAACACGAAUGAAAUCAUCGCUGACGCGCACCACCAAAACAACAUAAACGAAUAAGCGCCACUAAUCGAAUUGUAUUUUGGAAAGAAGAAAGUUCUUUUCUCUCGUUAAAACCAAAAAAGUAUAUUAUAUAGAUAUGUAUAUUUGGACCAUUCCUGCAACAGAAAAUAACGUUCUUUCGUUACGAGCAGCAAAAGGGGAAAACGGGGCGACGACGACAAUGACGAUGAUAACGACGACCGCGGCAUCGCGAGAGCAUAUAGACUCUAUAGUAGGCCUAUUAAUUAUUAGAUGAUGUUUAACGGCAGGGCAAACGAGAAUACGUGCAUGAAAGUUUAUGAUAGUUUAUUCAAGAACUAUUAUUACGUUCAUGAGGUCAUACAUUACGUGAAACGUAUUCUGGAGGAGCACACAUAACGUUACGUGCACGGUCUCUCUUUCACAGAUUAAAUGAUGCUCGUUUCAUUCCUUGUGGCGCGCGGAAAGGCCUUUAAGGCGCCGAAAUUAAGCUUUCAGCUUGUCUCUAGCCGCGAGUUACAACGAUCGUCCCUGCUGUGUAGAAAUUUUUAAAGUAUCAUUAACUGUUACUGAAGUAAAGUCUAAUGCUCGAACAUCGCGCGACGGACAAGCGAUAAAAGCGAUUAAGAUCGUCAAGACGAUAGGAUCGUUCGUCGCGCAUUCCAGAGGAAAUACUCAUUGGAUGGCGCCCUCCCGUAAUUACAUAACUAUUGUACUCUAUGAGAGAGCGAAAGAGUGUGAACGAGAAUGAAAGUGACAGAAAGAAAGAGAGAGCAUGAAAGAGAAUGUGAGAAAGAGAGAGAGAGAGAGAAAGAAAGCCGAAAUAUAGAGGAGGAAAUCGAGAGGGCAGGCUGUGUGUGAUAUAGCGAUUGACGGUGUGAAAGGGGAAAGAGAAUGAUAGCGCGCGAAACGAGAGAGAUGCAUCUUCGCCACGAUGAGAACAGGAAAAAGAUGGAAAUACGCGAGCGAGAAAAGUGGAAGAAGGAAGCGGAAGAAGAUUUAGGAACACGCGACAAAGUUUCGCACUCACAUCGGCGACUUCGAGGGCACCCGGCACAUUGUUUCGCUCGUAUUUCCUUCGCGGUCCUUGGUUUUCCUUUUUCCGUUUACAUCGGUACAAUCGAGACGUUUUACGUUGUAACGAGGAACUGCACAUUUUUAACAUAAUUUUGAUAGGCGCGGGCACAAAGGCGCUGCGAGAACACGAAGAAAACACAUUAUACACCAACACAUGCAAUGAGGGACAUUUACACCGCGUAUACGUACGUACCAUGGAAUAUACGAGAUAAAGUAUAUACAGUAAGUCGAAAAAAAAAACGAGAUGUAAGUGAUAUAUUAAUCUAGACUAUAGAGAGAAUGCGUUUGUGUAAAUUCGGCGUUUGUUCGAAACAUUGCUACUUCUCCAUACGAGAGAGAACACUUAUGACGAAGCCUAUCGUAAUUUUUAUGAUAAUCAUUAAAAAGUAUCGCCUAAUUACAAUUUACGAGACAUGCACAAUUUACCACUCCGGAACGGACCUCCAAACCUUUGUCAAGUUUUCAUACGGAUGUUUCUACGUUUCUACGUUUAUACGGAUCUCCAGAAGUAAAAGAGUAAUUAUCUUACGAGAAGCUUUUUUUAUUAAGAUCGCGUAGCAUAGAUCAUAAAGUUGUAAACGAGAAGCGAAUUAUACACGUGUGAGACGCUUCGAUAUCCGGUAAUAUCGCCGAGCGAUAAAGAGGUAAAGGAUCGAGUCUUCACUCGUGUCUGGCAUUAAUUUUUAAGCGGUUACAUACAUAUUUACGUAUAAGGGCGGGAAAGAAGUAAAGUUAAAAGUUGUAUAGUAAAACCAUUCAUUAAAUAUAUCUGUCCGUAAAAAUGAUCUUUACAACGAAAAGAAAAAAAAAAAGAUUCAUUGUCUUCUUAAUAGGACGACACGUUUUGGCGACGAGAGCGAACUUUUUAUCGAAAUUCUUCACGAGCGAAUCGAGACUGAUAAUAUCCGUGCACCUAUACCAUUUCUCUAGUGAUUGUUAUCAUUCUGAGGCGCCGUCGAGGCAAACCUCGCUCGUUUAUUUAUUUUGCGCCGGAGACUACAAAAUUGUGAAUGAGAUCUUUGAAUCGAGACCGCCUCAGAUGCGAAAAUACAGUCUCCAGUAUCUUCGAUCAGCAAUUAUAAUAGUAACUAAACUAUUCUACAUUUAUCUAUAACCUAUAAUAAACUGUGAAACAAAGUGUAAA